AUCAGGCACACCAAACAGGAGUCCUCAGCCCCUAAACCUGGGCUGGUCUCUCCCACCAGGGUCUGUUCAUCCGCCGCCUGUCUCUCUCUUUAGCACACACACAGCUCUCAGAACCAUGUCCCUCUGCAUGGAGGUACCCUCUCCUACAUCCUUCUGGAACCUCAGCACCCCUUUUUCCUGUAGGUGACACAGCUGAUCACAAUGCUUUUGGGCCAGUGGUGGCCAAGCACCUGGGGAAAUCUACAAAGCCCUUCUCAGGGACCCCAGCUCCGCUCCCUCUAUCCCUUCACUUAUACUGGGGCAGAUGGACAGCAGGUAUCUCUGACUAAAGGUGACAGGUUCCUACUGCUUUGAAAGACCAACUUGGCCUGGUGGUUGGCAAGGCACCUGGUGUGCCCCAGGCUCCCUGCCCAUCCUUGUUCCAGCUGCAAAUGUGACAGAGGACUCACUCUCCUUCCACAGCGCCUCCCUCUGGGACAGAGCUGUUUCAUGCUCCCUGGAGGAGCUCUACCUGUUUCAGCAACUCCACGUUACUUCCGAGGAGCCUCCUUCCUGUCCCCACAAAAUGUGCAGAAGUGUGAGCAUGGCCAGUUUGAAGCCCUGCUUCCUGACACCCCUCGAGGAAGGGCCAAGAGAAAGCUCUCUCUCCAAGGACUGCUGGAUGACAGAGGCCAGCGCGAACAUGAAACCUGGCUCCAUGGAGCAGACAGAGCCUUUGGGCAGGGACAGUGGUGCCCCACAACCUCAGGAACAGCUCCAUCCGCAGAGAACCAUUGGCGGCUGUGGGUGGUCCCGGGUGGCUCACAGGCAGUGCUCAUACCUUUCCCAGGAGGAAAAAUCAGGCCUACUCAACAUGACCAAGAUUGCUCAAGGAGGGCGCAAACUCAGGAAGAACUGGGGCCCUGCUUGGGUGGUGUUAACUGGUAACAGCCUUGUGUUCUACCGAGAACGGCCGCCGCAGUCUGCACCCUCCCAAGGCUGGGCGCCAGCGGGGAGCCGGCCGGAGAGCAGCGUGGACCUGCGCGGCGCGGCCCUGGCCAACGGGCGCCACCUGUCCAGCCGCCGAAACGUCCUGCACAUCCGGACCAUCCCCGGCCACGAGUUCCUGCUGCAGUCCGACGAGGAGACGGAGCUGCGGGCCUGGCACCGCGCGCUGCGGGCGGUCAUCGAGCGCCUGGAUCGGGAGAACCCGCUGGAGCUGCGUCUGUCGGGCUCCGGACCCGCGGAGCUGGCGGAGCUGAGCGCUGGUGAGGAAGACGAGUUGGAGUCGGAGCCGGUGUCCAAGUCACUGAUGCGGCUCAGCAGCCGCCGAACUUCCAGUCGGUGUACAGAGGGGACUGAGCAGAAGAACCGCGUGCGGAGCAAGCUAAAGCGGCUGAUCGCCAAGAGGCCAACCUUGCAGAGCCUUCAGGAGCGGGGUCUGCUGCGAGACCAGGUGUUUGGUUGCCAGCUGGAAUCACUGUGCCAACGGGAAGGGGACACUGUGCCCAGCUUUGUCCGGCUCUGUGUUGAGGCGGUGGAUAAAAAAGGUCUAGAGGUGGAUGGCAUUUACCGGGUGAGUGGGAACCUGGCAGUGGUCCAGAAACUUCGCUUCCUGGUAGACAGAGAACGAGCAGUAACCUCUGAUGGGAGAUAUAUGUUCCCGGAACAGCCAGGACAAGAAGGCAAAUUAGAUUUAGACAAUGCUGAAUGGGAUGAUAUCCAUGUGGUCACUGGAGCCUUGAAGCUCUUCCUUCGUGAGCUGCCGCAGCCCUUGGUGCCUCUGCCACUGCUGCCUCAUUUUCGAGAUGCCCUUGAACUCUCUGAACCAGAGCAGUGCCUUUCUAAAAUACAGAAAUUAAUAGACUCACUGCCAAGGCCCAACCGAGACACGCUGCAGUACAUCCUGGAGCACCUGUGCAGGGUGAUAGCACACUCUGAUAAGAACCGCAUGACUGCCCACAAUCUGGGAAUUGUGUUUGGACCCACGCUGUUUCGACCUGAGCAGGAGGCCAUGGACAUGACAGCUCAUGUGGUCUACCCUGGGCAGCUGACUCAGCUGAUGCUCGACAACUUUGCCAGCAUCUUCACCUGACUUGGGGGAGGAAGAGACAGCUUCCCGUGGUUUGUCAGCAAGUCUUUGGAGAGGGGUAACAGGUUUUAUUUGGAAGACAUCCUAUAAACUCUCCCAAAGGACACUCUUCAUUUCUUGAGUCUCACUUGUGCCUUUAGAUGAGGAGGGGUGUUGAAGAGGAAGUAUAUGAACCCCACCUGACCCUCUCCCACAUGACGCAUAAAGCACUUGUUCUCAGCAUUCCUUUAUUGUCAGAAACUGUCAUUAAUAAAGUUUUUCCUGGAACAUA